AUGGCUUCUGGCUACCAAAGUUCACCUAAGGCUUCUAAUUACAAUAGUCAUAAAAAAACCCUUAGCAAUGGCACCAGAGUCUUUCAUCAAACCCAAGUGGUAGUAGUUGUGGUGCCUUUCCCAGCACAAGGCCAUCUCAACCAGCUUCUCCACCUUUCUCGCCUUAUCUUGCAAUACAAUAUACCUGUCCAUUUUGUUGGCACAGCCACACACAACCGUCAAGCCAUAGUUAGAGCCCAUGGUUGGGACCCAAAAUCCAUUUCAAACAUCCAUAUUCAUGACUUCAAAGUUCCUCCUUUUGCUUCCCCUUCACCAAACCCCAAUGCAGAAACAAGAUUCCCAUCUCAUCUUUUUCCUUCCUUUGAGGCCUCCUCUAAUCUUCGUGAACCUGUUGCUUCACUUUUACUAUCCCUUUCAUCUGUAGCUAAAAGGGUUGUAGUCAUCCAUGACUCCCUUAUGGCAUCUGUGGUACAAGAUGCCAUUCACGUUGCAAAUUGUGAGAACUACACUUUCCAUAGUGUCUCUGCUUUCACCAUGUUCUUGUACUUUUGGGAUGCAAUGGGAAGACCCUUGUUUGAAAGUUCCCACAUCCCUGAAGUUCCUUCUCUUGAAGGUUGCUUCACAACCCAAUUCAUAGAUUUCAUCACUUCACAAUACGAGUUCCACAAAUUCAGCAAUGGAACCAUAUACAACACAACAAGGGCAAUUGAAGGACCUUACAUGGAAUUAAUAGAAGGGAUGAUUACUAGCAAGACUCACUGGGCUUUGGGGCCUUUCAACCCUUUAUCCAUUGAUAAAGAAAACUAUAAAGGUAAGCACUUUAGCAUGGAGUGGCUUGAGAAACAAGAGCCAAAGUCUGUUUUGUAUGUGUCUUUUGGGACAACAACAGCAUUCACAGAGGAACAAAUCAAACAGCUAGCAAUUGGGUUGGAACAAAGCAAGCAAAAGUUCAUAUGGGUACUGAGAGAUGCUGAUAAAGGUGAUGUCUUUAAUGGAGAUGAUGAAGCUAAAAGAGCUGAACUUCUUCCAAAAGGGUUUGAAGAGAGAGUUGAAGGGGUUGGGUUAGUUGUUAGAGAUUGGGCACCCCAAUUGGAAAUUCUAAGUCACACUUCAACAGGUGGGUUUAUGAGUCACUGUGGAUGGAACUCUUGCAUGGAAAGCAUCACUAUGGGGGUGCCAAUAGCAGCAUGGCCUAUUCAUUCAGACCAACCAAGGAACAGAGUUUUGGUAACAGAAGUGCUAAAGGUUGGUUUGGUUGUGAAGGAUUGGGCCCACAGAGAUGAGUUGGUGACAUCAUCAGUUGUUGAGAAUGCUGUGAGGAGAUUGAUGGCAACAAAGGAAGGUGAUGAGAUGAGACAGAGAGCAAUGAACAUGAAACAUGCCAUUCUCAAGUCCAAGGAUGUUGGAGGUGUUUCUCGUGUGGAAUUGGACUCUUUCAUUGCACACGUCACUAGAUAG